UUUUUUCCGCGUUCGACUAUUUCGAUGCUAGGGGCAAGGCCAAGGGUCUUUUCCUUGUCUGUUCCGAAGAUGCGGCGGCGACGAGGGAAGAAUGGCUGAUGGAGGAGCGGCCUGUAUCACCUCGUUAAAGUUGGACGAAAAAGCGUCUUUGAAAUAGCAACGUCGACUUGCGUUGCCUCGUGCUAGAAGACUCGUUUCCGUGUCCUCUCUUGUUUUCGUUGUCACUGCCCUGCCUGAACAGACAACUCCCGCAGCCUGACAAUGGAUCCGCGAGAGAAGAUAAAAGCCGCCAACCGCGCGCGGAUGGCGCGCAUGGAGUCGCAGAUGAAGGGCCCAAGCAUGUGGAGCCGGGCCGUGACGGGCCUGAGGAACGCGAACAAGACCGCGCAGCUGAAAUACCUUACCACCAUCGAGGGGUUUCGGAAGCAGCAACUCGAAAAUGCCAUGUCCGUAGACGCGGAUGGCGGCGUGAAAUACCAAAAAUCGGCGGCCACGAUCUCCAGCGCGCCCACCCAGGAGCAGGUGGAGGAGCACCGGAAGGACAUCGCGAGGAAACAAAAGGAGAAGGUGACCAACCAGGUGUUUAUGGAGUACUGCCGCAAGCAGGUGAUUUUGCGCGAGGACUGCCUCACGCUGCCCUUCACGCUGUUUUUGUGGAUCACCUUUCUGCUCGUCGUCAUCGUGCACAGCAACAUUCAGGCGGUGUACUUGACGCGCCGCGGUGUGGUGGACGACUUGGAGCGGAUCGAGGUGAUCCGCAGUCCCAACGAGACGGCCAGUCCCUUGACGAUCCACGACUUGGAGACUCGGGAGGACGUCAACGACUGGCUGCAGGACGGGUUUCUGCCCAGAAUAAACGGGUCCGUGGUGAAGGUGUACAACCGGAUCGCCGGCUCCGUGGUCUUGAGCCAGAGUCGCGCGAAGAAAACCAGCUGCGACGUGGAUGCGGGGCUGCGAAAAUUCUACGACGCCCACUGCUUCCCGCCGGACCAGCCGCUGGACACGUCCUUCCCCGGACUCGGCCCGGAAUUCGUACACAAGGCUGGGGGGCUCGCGAACGCCGAGGAAUUCAGGUAAGUGAGAAGUACCCCUAUAAGCACGCUUUUUCCAGUGGGAGCUUAAUAUUUCUGGUUCUACCUCCUUAAGAGCAAGACUAGGCUAGCUAGGAGUGCCAGAGAUAGUUUUGUUACUUGUUACUCCACUAGUUUGCAGACGACUGGGUGUCUGAUGAAGAUGAAGAUCAAGGUUGUAUAGCUUCAGCUUCAGCUUAUGCUUUUCGUUAGCCUUAACCUUAAUAUCGUUUGCUUUUUGAAACAACAGGGAAAGCACAGUAGAUUUACAGCAACACGAGAGAAACUACACCAAAAGCACAAAAAUCUUUUAUUCCGGGCACUACUUCUGCAACAUCAACAUCAAGGUACUACGCCUUCCUGAAUUUUUGGGACCAGAACAAUCCCAGUGUGAUGUCGCUGCCGAACACGGUUUCCGCCGAGAAAGUACGACUGCAACAGCACGCGUACUUGACAACUCUGGUCCAGCGCGAAUGGAUCGACUCCGCGAGCAUCGACUUGAUGAUAAGAUUUCUUGCCUUCAACCCGGAAACCAAAGUGUACUUGAACACCAAGAUCGAGUUCGAAUUUCACCGCGGAGGCUGGGUAGAAACCACCUUGUCCGUACACGCCGAGACCAGCGAUCUGUAUGAGAAUGGUCUCGCUAUCGUCUACGACGUCAUCUGGGUACUGACACUCAUCUGAAUUGGAUUCAUUUCAUUUUGCUCGCUCUUGUUCCGUGGUCUACUUCUUUCUGCCACCUGUCUAGGUUUUGAUAUGAUGCAAUCCGGGUGCAGUUUUUGUUAGAAAUUGCAAGAAUCUUGCUCGAUGCCAUUUUAAUUUUUUGAUCAUACUUACAACAAAACGAAAACAGGUGGUGCUGGUGUGCACGCUCAUGUACGUGGAGAUAAAGCAGAUGAAGCUUGUGCAAGCCACCAUAGAUCUCCUCGGGGGCAAGGCGUUUUCUUGGGGCUACUGGAGCUAUUUGCGCGAAUACUGGAGCGACUUCUGGAAUUUCAUCGAUUGGCUUUCUGUCGGGAUGGGUUUCGCAUUCGUGUUUGAAAUCAUGGCUCUGCAAAGUAACCUAAAGGAUUUAGCAGGGAUGUUCAGCGAGAUAGGUAUUUAUAUGUUUCUAUGGUUUGUGAUUUUUCAGAAUGUAUAUGUACAGUACUUACAAAGUUUUUGAAUUUUUGUCAUCUGUAGGCAACAUGCACAGAAUGAAAAAGAUUGGUUUUGUGUAGGCAUCACGCAUGACUGCAUUUAUCUCACUAACGAUGUUGGCGCUGCUUAGUUGUUCUCAGCGCGAAUGAAAAAUUAUAGCAAGCAGGAAAGAUCGAUUUCUUGCAAACUUCGACUUUUCAGGGCCGCAAGCUAUUCAGCGCGCUGUCGGUACCGGACAAUUUGGAAGCGUCGGAACGGGUUUGACGCCGUAUUACGACAGCAACCUGGAGCUUUUCGCUUUGAGCGACGAUAUCGAGGCCCGGCGCAAAAUGGUGCAGCUUUUGGGGUUUUUCUACUAUCACACAGAAAAAAGCUGGCACGUCAUAUUUGUAUUGCAAAAAUAAAUACAUAAAAAAAUGUGUACUGCAUAUCCUAAACAGCAUGCUAUGGGGCCAGGCAUGGCAGAUUUCUCUGUGUAUCUAUUUUUGCAUUACAAAUAUGCCCUGCCUGCUUUUUGUUUUUUCUGUGGGAUAUCUACUCCAUGCUGAUCAUAAUGCGUUUUUUCAAGGGAUUCCGCGGCCAGCCGCGCAUUGCGAUUAUGGGGCUCAGUUUGGUGAACGCCAGUUACGACAUGCUGCAUUUCCUGAUCGUCUUUUUCCUCGUGUACGUGAACUACAGCAUGGGCGGUUGGAUCCUCUUUGGCUCCCAGCUGGAGGAGUGGAACACGCUGCUGAAGGCCAUGGGCGUGACUUUGAAGAUCGUGUACGGGGAUUUCGACUACGACAAGAUUUACCGGAUCACUCCACUGAUCGCGAGUCUGUGGUUCUUCUCCUUCAUCAUCAUUUUGGUUUUCCUCGUGCUGAAUUUACUCACUGCCCUCGUGUACGACAAAUACAUGGGGGUGCUGCACCACACCAACUUCCGCGGCGCGCACACCAUCUUCCAGCAGGUGAAGGACUAUCCAGGAAAAAACACCCAUCCCGAUCCAAUUUGUCAUGCAAAACAUGCGUAAAGUCCACUGUUUGUCAUGCAAAAAAUGGAUGGGGAUGGGUGUUUUUUCCUGGAUAAGGACAUAUUCACCGACACGCUGAUGUCCCAGUCGCAGUCCACGGACGCGUAUGACAGUGCAAAGCUCCCCCUCCCCCUCAUUUGUAUUGCAUGGACAGCAAUACGAACGCCAGCGACCCUGGAGCCUGUGCAUGGCAAAUUUAUGCACUUGCUGUAGUACUGUUUGGGCUUUCGAAAUUUGUCAUGCAAACAGUGCCACGGGGCAGCGACUGGGUUUGGGAUUUUACAUGACAAAUGAGGGGUGGGGGAGUUGUGCACAGUCAUAACGCGAUGUCGGGCAAGCGACGGCAGAUCAACUACGAAGUGAUCUACGACCGUUUGAAAGAGUUCGUGGACCGCGACGAGUUUUAUUCGGAGGAGCAGAAGAUACGGGAAGAAAACGAAGCGCUCGAGGAGCAGGGGCUGGACCCCAUCCCAAAUGACGUGCGUCAGGUCCGCCUCAAGAUGGCCCGGGCGCGGUCGGACAGCGCCGAGACCUCCUAUCAACUGUAAAAAUGUCUGGGUCUGGAAGAAUUCAUGUUUGUCAUGCUUGUCUGGCAUGACUCUUAAAUCUGUCAUGCACGUUACCCAAGAGCUGCGUUUUUGUGUGAUGCAGAAGCGCAGUUUGUCAUGCAGAAUAGGCAACACCUAGGAGCUCAGAAACUUCUCAUGCUGAGCCAUCAUUUGUAGCCUCAUCAUGAGACGCCACCCAGCAUCACAAGUUUCCAGACCCACACAUUUUUACAUUUGAUAUCCCCUGGGCGGUGACGAAUUUAGAAACCAGCUUCCAGGGGGAUUUCGCGAACGGGAUAUCAAAUGUAAAAAUGACUGGGUCUGGAAACUUGUGAUGCUAAAAUGUGCAUGAUAAAAACACUUCCGAAUGCAGUCCGGCAUGAUAACUUCCCAAAACGCUUUCUCAUAGGAAAUCCGCAUGAGAAACUGCGUUUUUGCAUGACAAAAGAGGCUGCGACUUUUGUUGGUUACGCAAUACAGAUUUUCUAGGUAUGGAAAGUUAGCAUUACAAGUUCCAACCUUCCAGACCCAGACAUUUUUCCAAUCCAUACGGGAUGAUCGAGCGCGAUUUCUUGAUUGAUCGCUGCGGGCUGGACGGCCCGCAGGCCCUGUACCUGAUGGCCAAGUGCAUUCAGCAGUCCCUCGACGACGCAAAAAACCUGGAACCCGAGCAGUUUCUCAAGUACACCAUGAAGUUCGAGUUCGCAGACUUGACGGAGCAAUUGCAAGAAGUACUGAAGAUCAAGAUGAUGAAAAUUGUUUGCGCCUCGUUUGCUUUUGCUGAUUGAUUCAGACGCUUGUUGUUGUUUUGGCCGUACCAAAAAUGAGAAUAAUUGAGUGCAGCCAGCAUUUAGUUGUUCUUGUUUGUACUAAUCUUCCAUGACUACGUGUACGUAUCAUGAACGCAGAUGCAAUUUAAUCCAGCAAUUUCACAUCAGAUCCGACGAAUGCUCUACACGCUCCAAGAGCACGUCAUGGGGAAGCAGGAUAGACUACGAGAAGUCAACACCACCGUGAAAGACAACGUGCGGGAUCUGGAGCCUUUCCUCGACGAAGAGUGGACUUUCGUUCCAGGUGCAUUCAGUUCUUCUUUUUCACUUCUUCUUUUUCAGCAACUUUAUAGUUUGCACAACAAGAAGCACAUUGUAGUGUAGUGAUAUGUCCUCGUCAUGUGUCUUCACAAACCCAAACGGCUUCUCGCCACGCUACUCCAGGUAUGAGCGGCAAUAUCCUGUACCACAACAAGGACACAGACGAGGUCACGGCCGACAAACCAAUGUUGGUCAAACUCAUGGACGCGCCAGCCCGGGAGGCCAUUCUAGAAAAGAGGAGAAAACAGCAGCUGGCGGGCAUUCCCGAGGCCAUCGCGGACGGCUCACUAGGGGAACAACAAGGGGAGGCCAGUGCGUCCCUGCCCGCUAUCGCCGCUCCAUCCCCCGUGGACGCCGAAGCUGCGGCAGUUGCGGAGAUAGAGGCGGCCGUAGACGCAGCAAAUGUGGCUGACAAGAAGGAAGAGGACUGA